UCUUUGGAACCCACCUCCCCCAUCUAUAUCAUCUCUCUUGAUUUUGUUUAGAUUCUUUUCUUUUUUCUGUUCUAAACAUGCAAAGCAAAACCAACUCUUGUGAGAGCUCAAACACUGGUUCAAUCCGCAGAGCAACUAGUAUCGGCUCUCUGCUGACGUUGAACCAGCCUGAUGUUUACAUUUGCACUCGCUGCUCAAGAGGCUUCCCUUCCUCUCAGUCUUUGGGUGGCCACCAGAAUGCCCAUCGACGUGAGAGAAAUGCUGAGAGGAGAGUGAUGCAGGAAGAGAGAAAAUCCAUUUUAGAGAAAAUAAAAAGGACCGAGAUGAAUAUCUUGUCAUCAACUCGGCCUUGGGGAGCUUCUCCACCACCAAAACCAACACCUACUGAUCAUCAAUACCUUAAACCUCAUUUUGCUAUUAGCCUUGAUAAGCUAGGGCAUGACCAUAAUGGCCCUUUAGCUGGAUUGAAACCUUUCUUGGAUUUCCAAGUCCAGGUGGGGAUGGGGAUUAUUGGAUUGCCUCCUGCAUCUGCUUCCAUGGCGGCUGCGAACAGUGAUCAUCAUGAGGUUCCUAGUCAUGACGAAAUUGAUCUAGAAAUUGAGGGCGACGAAUUGCCAUAUGUGGCUGUUCCUACUGGAGAUGAUAAUAAUCAGAAUAACCCAACAACUGAGUUGAUGCCAUGGGAGCUGAUACAGUUUCCAGAUAGCGACAGCUCUACUGGUCAGGUUGAAGAAGAGGCAGGUUCCAUGAAGGGAAAGAAAAAGAGUAAUAAAGUCACCAUAAAAAAGGACUUGGACUUGAACUUGAAGCUCUAAAAGUCAAAAUUAUAUGUUCUUUAUUAGUUAUAAAAAAGACAUAUGAUUAUAUAUAACUGCAUGAAUAUGGAACUGCUAUUUAGCUUUAAAUAUGCAUAUAAUAAGUUAAUAGUGCUAAUUAAUAAAGUACUGCUCUUGUAGUUCUAUCUAGGACUAUAUACAUGUAGUCAGUACUCAUCAGAAAUCGAGUACUAUAUAAGAACUAAUGAAAUGUAUGUAUGACUAGUAUCGUUUGUCUUAUUUGAAACUACUCUUUCUUGCC